AAUCCCCCCUCCAGCCCCUGUCUGCACAUUCUCCAGUCUGCAGCAUGGGGUGCGGACUUCUCUCCCUGUCUCUCCUGCUCCUGGUCUCUGGGUCCUACGCCCAACCGCAAUGCUCGCUUAUCACACCCAAUUUGCUGCGGGCGGAGAGUGAGGAGACCAUCAUUAUAGACGCCCAAGGGCAAAAUGCUGCUUUUGAAGCUGAGAUCAUCAUCCAGGAAUUCCCUCAGAAGAAACUCAAUUUAGUCAGUGCCAAAGUCGCCCUGAAUAGUAACAAUGGCUUCCUCGGAACGGCCACAGUAAAGAUUCCCUCUGCGGAUGUACCCAAAGAUACAAAGAAUAAGCAGUAUGUGUAUGUCAGCCUGAAAUCCAAUGUGUGUGUCCUGGAGAAAGUCGUCAUGCUGUCGUACCACAGCGGCUACAUCUUCCUCCAGACUGACAAGACUAUCUACACCCCAGGAUCUACAGUUUUGUAUCGGAUUUACUCCAUGAACUACAAGAUGCAGCCAAUUUCCAAAACGCUCAUCAUCGAAUUUGUGACCCCAGAUGGUAUUAUCGUGAAAAGAGAUUCCGUCCUCCAAAACAGUAAAUCCGGUAUCAUCUCACUGUCCCACAAACUGCCGGAACUUUUGAGCCUUGGUGUCUGGACUAUCUCCGCAAAGUAUGAAGACACCCCUCAACAGAAUUACACCACCAACUUUGAGGUGAAAGAAUACGUGCUACCCUCAAUGGAAAUCAUCCUGAAGCCAGACACUAACUACUUCUAUGCUGAUGCCAACUCUUUCGGAGUGGAUAUUCAUGCCCAGUAUCUGUAUGGGAAACACGUGGAAGGAUACGCAUUUGUGCUCUUUGGCAUAAGGAACAACGAUGUAAAGAAAGGAAUUCCAGAGUCGUUGACGAGAGUCAGGAUUGAUGAUGGGGAAGGUCGGGCUGAGCUGAAAAGGAACCACUUAGUAAAGUACUUUGAAAAACAAGAGGACAUGUUACAGUUCAGCUUGUAUGUGACGGUCACUGUUUUCACAGAAACGGGUAGCGACAUGGUGGAGGCUGAGAUAGACAAUAUCAAGAUUGUGACAACGCCAUACCAAAUUCUCUUUACCAAAACCUCCAAAUAUUUCAAGCCCGGAAUGCCUUUUGAUAUGAUGGUCUAUGUCACCAAUCCUGAUGGUUCUCCUGCUCAUCGAAUCCCUGUGGUAGCUGAGCCAGGAAACAUUAAAGGGACCACUCAAGCAGAUGGAACCACAAGGUUGAAAAUGAACACACCCGGAAAUAUAAACCGUCUGCCCAUAACUGUGAAAACAGAUGUCCCAGUUUUGCCUGCCGAGCGCCAAGCGACUGCCACCAUGACUGCUACAGCCUACCGCCCCUCAAAAGCCCAUGGGAACUACCUGCACAUCAGCAUUGCCGGGUCAGAGAUAAAACCUCACGAAGAGACCGACGUGAACUUUAUUAUCCGGAACCUUGACACGAGUGUCCAGAACCAAAUAAACCAUUUUACUUAUCUGAUAAUGAGCAAGGGAAGAAUUGUAAAGGUGGGAAGGCAGGCACGGCAGACUGGUCAGUCUUUUGUCACCAUGUCUCUAUCUGUCACGGAGGCCUUGAUGCCAUCUUUCCGUAUUGUGGCAUAUUACAUUGUCAGUGUUGGUGGAGCACGUGAUGUUGUAUCCGACUCUCUUUGGGUGGAUGUGGUUGAUGACUGCGCUGGCACAUUGUCGGUGACUGGGGAUAAGGACAGGGACAACGCCAUACAAGCCCCCGGUUCUCCAAUGAAGCUGAGGCUUAGGGCAGACCCCAAGGCCUAUGUGGGAUUGGUAAUCGUGGAUAAGGGUGUCUUUGUGUUGAACAAGAAGUUUAAGAUCACACAAAAGAAGGUGUGGGAUUCAGUGGAGAAGUCAGACAUUGGCUGCACUCCUGGAAGUGGCGCAAACAGCGAGGGGGUCUUUUCUGAUGCUGGACUUGCUCUACAGACCUCCUUUGGUGCUAAUACAGCUCAAAGAACUGAGGCUCAUUGUCCAGCUCUGGCACAGCGCAGAAAACGCUCAUCCGUUGCAAUUAUUGAGAUCAAGGCAGGCAAAGCUUCAGAAUACAAGGACAAGGCCAAGAAGUGCUGCCUGGAUGGGAUGCAGGAGAACCUGAUGGGCCACACCUGUGAGCGACGUACCCGCUACAUCUUGGAUGGGAAGGAAUGUGUGGACGCUUUCCUGGACUGCUGCAAAUACUAUGAGAAGAGGAGGGAAGAUGAGAGGAAGAGUAAAGAUGAGGAUACUCUGGCAAGAAGUGAGGAAGAUGAUGAAUACAUGCUGGAUUCCGACAUUGUGUCCAGGACGGAGUUUCCUGAGAGCUGGUUCUGGAAAGUGGAGCAAAUGGUCGAGGAGGCUGAUGCCAACGGUAUUUCAAGCAAGGUUCUAAGUGUGUUCUUAAAAGAUUCCAUCACUACCUGGGAGGUUCUGGCUGUGAGUUUGUCCGAAACCAAAGGUCUGUGUGUGGCUCAGCCCUAUGAGAUUAAGGUGAUGAAGGAUUUCUUUAUCGACCUGAAGCUUCCAUAUUCUGUUGUGAGGAACGAGCAGGUGGAGAUCCGGGCCAUUCUCUACAACUACAGGGACAUCAGAAUUAAGGUGCGGGUAGAGCUGACCCACAAUCCAGAGUUUUGCAGUCUGUCCACGCCUAAGAAGAAGUACCGGCAGGAGGUUUGGAUUGGAGCCCUCUCCUCCACCGCUGUCCCAAUGGUCAUUGUGCCGCUCACUCUUGGCCAGCAUGACAUUGAGGUGAAGGCAUCCGUGGCAGGUACUUUCGCUAACGAUGGUGUCCGUAAAAAGCUGAACGUUGUGCCUGAAGGAAUGCGCAUUGCACAAGAUCUUCAAACUAUAAUAUUACAGCCAGAAGUUAAAGGAAAAGAUGGAGUGCAGGAAGAAAAAAUCGAAGCACUGAACCCCAAAAAUGUUGUUCCACGUACGGAUAUUGACACCACCAUCACUUUACAAGGUACCCCAAUCAGUCAGAUGGUGGAAGAUGCCAUUGAUGGUAACAACAUGAAUCAUCUGAUUGUGGUGCCCUUCGGCUGCGGCGAGCAGAAUAUGAUGACGACAACUGCAAGUGUCAUUGCCACGCGGUAUCUGGAUACCACCGGCCAAUGGCCGCGAGUUGGGGUGAACCGUAGAAAUGAAGCCCUCAACAACAUGAAAUAUGGUUAUACUCGACAAAUGGCUUACCGCAAACCGGACAACUCGUAUGCAGCCUUCCAGAAUAUACCAACCAGUACAUGGCUCACAGGCUAUGUUGCUAGAGUGUUUGGGAUGGCUCAGGAAUUUAUUGAAAUUGAGGCAAAUGUUCUCUGCGGUGCCGUCAAAUGGCUUAUACUGGAGAGGCAGAAGCCGGAUGGAUUGUUCUACGAGAAUGCACCCGUCUUCAUGCAGAUAAUGGCGGGAGGAAUCACGACAGGAGCGGCAGAGGUCGACUCUUCCCUCACAGCCUUUAUUGUUAUUGCCAUGCUAGAAUGCCGAAGGACUUGUAACGCGCAUGUGAACAACCUUCAAGUCAGUAUUGAUAAGGCAACGGACUACCUGAUUGGCCGGUAUCCAGGACUGCAAACACCAUAUUCCAUUGCGAUCACUUCCUAUGCUCUUGCGCUGGCCGGGAAGCUUCCCAACACCAACAAGCUGCUGUCUGUAGCUAUAGAUAAGACCCACUGGGUGGAGCCAGGGAAACACUUUAUCUCCUUGGAAGCCACAUCGUACGGCCUCUUAUGCCUCCUAAAAAUGAAAGAAUUUGAUCUAACAGGCGGCAUUGUGCAUUGGCUCAGUGAGAAGAGAUACUAUGGAGAGGUGUUGGGCUCCACCCAAGCAACCAUUGUGAUGUUCCAAGCUCUGGCUCAGUACCAGACAGAUGUCCCAGGUCUCAAUGAGUUGAACUUAGAUGUCUCCCUUCAUCUCCCAGAGAGGCAACAACCUUUAACCUAUCGUAUCAAUCAUGAGAAUGCCUUGCUGGCACGUUCUGCAGAGACUAGAUUAAACCAAGAUUUUGUGGUAAAAGCUAAAGGCAAAGGACAAGGGACAAUCAGGGUAGUGACCGUGUACCACGCUCUUGUCACCGAGAAAGAAAGAAAGUGCAGUAACUUUGAUCUGACUGUGAAAGUGAAGGAAGAAAGAAUCGCUAAACGUCCCGAAGGUGCAAUGGGUACAGUGUCUAUAGAAGCCUGUGCAAGGUAUCUCAAGAACUUUGAUGCCACCAUGUCCAUUAUUGAUAUUUCCAUGAUGACUGGCUAUUCCCCUGAUACUGAUUCCCUGGAUAGGCUAAUGAAAGGAGUGGACAAAUACAUCUCCAAGUAUGAAGUCAACAAAGGAGCAAAUGAGAGGGGAACUCUUAUUCUCUACUUGAACAAAAUCUCCCACACAGAGGAAGAAUGCGUGAAGUUUUACGCUCAUCAAUUCUUUGAAGUGGGUUUCAUCCAGCCGGCUUCUGUAACCGUGUAUGACUAUUAUAACCCAGAAAAUCGCUGCACUAAAUUUUACCACGUGGAGGAAGGCAGUGCCCUGCUGGGCAGGAUUUGCCAAGAUGAUAUUUGCCGGUGUGCUGAAGAGAACUGUUUCAUGCAGCAGCAAAUUGAGGGGAAAAUCACUGCUGAAAUGAGAGUCAACAUGGCUUGUGCUCCUGGAGUGGAUUUUGUGUACAAGGCUACUCUUACAGAGGUGCAGCAGAGUGAGAAUUUUGACAACUACGUUAUGAGAAUUCAUAAAGUCAUAAAGCAAGGGACAGAUGAGAAUCUUGAGGACAAGACACGUAAUUUUAUCAGCCAUAUUAAAUGCCGACGCGCUUUAUCCAUGCAGCUGAACCGAGAUUAUCUGAUCUGGGGGGUAACUGGGGACCUGUGGCGGCAGCCAGAUGGCUAUUCCUACAUCAUCGGGAAGGACACAUGGAUCGAGUGGUGGCCCAACGAGAGGGAGUGCCAGCAACGUGAGAACCUGGAUCUCUGUGAUGACUUUGAGACAGUUUCUGACAACCUGGAGAUCGUUGGAUGUCCCAACUGAGGAACCUGAUUUCCCACCAAGUCCCAACUGAGGAACCUGAUUUCCCACCAAGUCCCAACUGAUUUACAACAUCUUUCCAUCUUCACAAGCUCUUUUAUAGGAUGUUUCAAUAGAGUUCCAGCAAAAGCAUUUAUUGGCUUUACUUUUCCACUCACUGGGGAUCAUUCACUUGGCUCUAUCACCUUCACUCAUAGUUCAUCAACAUAGUUGUCAGAUAAAGAUGACAGAUAUUUAUUCAAUAAAGGUAUUAGCCCUCAAAUCCAUUCUCCAUGGAGAUGUGGGAGGUCCCAUAGAUGGACCAACUGUUUGCCCCAAUACUCACUCUAGUGAGACAGUCACAGGUGUCAAUAGUAUCUUGUAGAGUUGCCUUGAAAAGCUUUCAGCAAACAAAGAUUUUUUUUAAAAAAAAAUUGACAUCUUCUCUCCAUUCUAACUUCUAACUAUUUAGUGUCUCUCUCUCUUUCUCUUCUUUUAAAGGGGACCUGUCACCCUAAGAAAUAAUUCCAAAUUCUAUUCUAUUGUGUUUGUCAGGCAAAAUAAACGUCACUUACACUAUGUAAAUAUGAU